AUGGACCAUCUACGCAACCGCCAGUUCGGUCUCUAUACCAGCAACAGAACAUUUCCAGCUCUAGACGAAACUCACAAGCGUCACAUAAGUCAUAAUCUAGCAGCGUAUUUAUACUCGGAGCAUUCUAAUAGGUCCUCAGACAAAAUAAUUUACAAUUCACCUCAUGAUAUAGUGUCAGAUAUCUCGGUAACUUUUCGAUCAGAUUUGGUGAAUUCGCUUCAAAUCACAACAAUUACCGUGAGCCAUCCCGAUACCUUGUUGUCAACACCACAGCAGGUGAUUUUCGUCACAGAAAAUGAAAAAACCGUCGUUUUGAUUUCUGGAACUCGGCCGUUUGCAACUAUAUUUGUCCAAAUUCUCGAACUGGCUUCGAUAUCGCCACCAAUAAUGAUCCAUAGACUCACGCUUACACCGAGUACACUUCUCAGUACUUUGGAAGAAUUAGAAGCGGAUGAUGUGAAUUUGGUGUAUACCGUAAAGACGACCAAUGAUGCUCUCCGGCUGAUAAAAGUGUCGGUACCCGAAAAGGAUUUCCGGGCAUUGAAAGACUCAGGAUCGGUAGCAGAGUCGCUCCAGGAUUAUUUGCACCGAACGUCAGGUAUCAGGUUUUCAAAAUUGGGUUUGACACUGAUAUCAUGUUCACAGGUUCUCGUGCUGCGGACCCGAGUGAGUAUGGCUCAUCCUGAAAAAAUUGUUCCGGUGAUAAUGAGGGGGGUAGAUAAGUGA